AAAACAAUGAUAAAGCAAUACCUGAUGUUCUAGAUAUCGAGUCAAGGUUAAAACCUUCGAUUUAUGGAUGGAUGCGUUACUUACGUCGAUUACCAAAAGCCAAUGUAUUUGGUGACAUCCCGAAGGCUCAAGAAAAAUUUAUAAGAAAACUCGAUAUUCUCGGAAGAGUUGCUGGUGGAACAGACGAAAGUGUAGAUCCUGAUUGUUUUGAGGAAAACAAUAUUAAUGGUGAUAAGGAAUGUAGUGAAAAAAUAAAUGAGACUAAAAAUAGGGCCAUAAGAGCGUGGAACGUUCUGAAAGGAAUGUAA